AUGUACCUCCAGUUGAGGGGACAGUCUUCAUCUUCUAGGGGUAGCUCUUUUGAUGACUUCAAGAAAUUGGGUCCUCCUUACUUUUCUGGUGCUACAGAUCCCACAGAGGUAGAGGCUUGGAUCCUUAAGAUGGAAAAAUUCUUUGGUGUCAUAGAUUGCUCUAAGGAGCAAAAAGCCUCUUAUGCAGCUUUUAUGUUAGAUAAAGAGGCAGAUCAUUGGUGGCGUAUGACUAGGAGACUUUUGGAGGAUCAGGGACCCAUAACAUGGAGACAAUUUAGGGAGGCUUUCUACAAGAAGUAUUUCCCUGACAGUGUUAGGCGGCAGAAGGUGGGAGAGUUUAUUCGUUUGGAACAGGGGGAUAUGACUGUGGCUCAGUAUGAGGCCAAAUUUACAGAGUUAUCACGUUUUUCCCCACAGUUGAUUGCUACAGAGGAGGAAAAGCUUGGUGUCUAUUCAGAGGUUGUUGACAGAGCCCUUAUAGCAGAGAAAGAUAAUGAGGAGCUUCAUCAGUAUAGAGAACAGCAAAGGAAGCGAAAUAGGAGUGAUGGUGCUCAUGGUAAUCAAGAACACUGA